AUGGGCCUCAUUAAGACUGGUCUUGCUCUGGCUGGUGGCUACGGCCUGAUCAAAGCCGCCUCAAAAGCUGCAAAUGAAUACCAAGACAAAAAGGACAAGGGCCACAGCCAAACCCAAACCCAAUCCUAUCCCCACCAGCAAUAUGGCCCCGGUCAAAAUCAACAAGUGGGUUACAUCUACCCAACGCAGAUGGACAAUGCCUAUUCUCAGUCGCAAUCCCGCGCCGUUGAGCCCCAAAUGAAGAAUGGAGAGGGUGCACCGCCCCCAUACUAUCAGCAUGGGUCGGCCCAAGGAUAUCAUUCUAGAACAGUGAACUAG